AUGCCCGACGCACGCGACGGCAACCCUCACGGGGGAAGUCGCUCACCUUCACCGGGCGACAAGCGUCCAGCUUCUGAGAUCGAUACCGAUCCCGAGGGCGGCGUGAGCAUGGACACGACCGAGGACAGCUUCACUCCGAACAUCGACGAUCAGGUCGCUCAGGUGUACAAGCUGGUGCAGCAGCCCCCGCAGGAUGGUCAGAAGGGUUACGUGAUCUCUACCUCUUGGCUGAAGAAGGUUCUUGCGCGGAGUAGCACUCACGCGGAUAAAGCCGACAAGGAAUCGUUGCAAAGCGAGCUGGGCCCAGUUGACAACUCCGAUAUCGUUCUCGACCUCGGCCCCCAGAAACGUGACUUCAAGGACGAGAAGGGAGAUCGUUUCGUCCCUCUGCGCCCCGGGCUACAACUCAGCGAGGAUUACGAGGUUGUUCCGCAGGAGGCCUGGGAUAUGAUUUUGAAAUGGUAUGGCCUUGCUGACCAGUCGCCCGUCAUCGUUCGCUAUGCCCACAACACCAACCCGGAAGGCAUGGAGAACAUUCUUUACGAGCUCAACCCCCCGAUCUAUACGAUUUUUAAACUGUCCAACCCCGCCGCGGGGACCACCCCACAAGUCCUCCGCGAGAGGAACCUUCCGCCCGCCAAGGUUCUGGCUGCACGCGAUACUCGCUACAUGAAAUGGCUGAAGGAGGCCAAGCAGCUGGCCGGUAUUGAGAUGGCGAGCAAAGUCCGCGUAUGGAAGAUUAUGGGCGGCAUCCCCAGUGCCGAGCCGUCGACUACGACUACCCCGGCUGUCUCCCGCACCGCUUCUCCCGCGCCUACCUCGUCCUUGAUCUCGAACCAACACAAGAGUCUGGUUCUGGACCUUAACACUUUCCUUUCUUUGAACGAAGCCAGUCGGGAGAAGGUCGAAAUUCAAGACCAAACCAACAAUGCCAACUACAACGGCAAGAUGUCCAUGAGCAUGGCCGGCUUGAUCGGUAGCGAUGUGGUUGUUCUGGAGGAGCAGGUGGCCGGGUCCAAGGGCGGCAAGUGGGUGUCUGAGGCCUCGACUCAAGCACUGCAGCGCGCCGGUCUUGCCGCUGUCGAAAAGGUCGAAAACCCUAAGAAACAGCUUGCCACUGCCACUGCCACUGUCACUUCCACGGCCAACAGCCCAGCGACCAGCGGCCGAUCGAGCCCGGUUCCAGAGAUCCCCCGUGGUCGAAAGAAGGGCGGUCGCCCGAUGGGCCUGACAGGACUCUCGAACCUUGGCAACACCUGCUACCAGAAUGCCGCUACCCAGUGUCUUCGCGCUGUCGAGGAAUUGACCUACUACUUCCUCAGUAACGCGCACAAGAAGGAGUUGAACCACAACAACCCACUCGGCCACAGGGGUACACUUGCCAAGGCUUACGCUGAUCUCAUCCAAUCCAUCUACGUUGAGCCCACACCUCCAUCGGUCACCCCGAAUCGGUUCCGGAAUACAAUUGGACGCUGCAAUCCCGUCAUGUCUGGCUUCGAGCAGCACGACAGCCAGGAAUUCCUGAUGUUCGUUCUGGAUGGUCUAUCGGAAGACCUCAACCGCAUUCUGCAAAAGCCCUACAUUGAGAAGCCCGAUUCCACUGAUGAAAUGGUUCACAACCGACAGGCACUUGAGGAGUUUGCUGCGAAGCAAUGGGAUAUUUACAAGGCUCGCAACGACUCCGUGGUUUGCGACCUGUUCGCUGGCAUGUACAAAUCGACGCUGGUUUGCCCCGACUGCCACAAAGUCAGCAUCAUCUUCGAUCCUUUCAGCAACCUGACCCUCCCCAUUCCGGAGCCGCAGAUCGUCUUCAAGCAGAUCGUUUACAUGGCCCUUGACAAGCCUCCCGUGGCUUUCACGGUCGAGGCCAACAAGAGUCGCCCCGUUUUGGACUGGCAGAAGUCGGUUGCUGCCCGGAGCCAGAGAGAAGGCAUCGAUGCAAGCAGACUGAUCUCCGGAGACGUCAUGGGCUCGACUUUCUUCCACGUUCAUGAAGAGCCUCAUGUCUCGUACGACCAACUUGGUAUCCGACAGGAUGACAAGAUUACCUUCAUGGAGCUGGAUUCUCCCAAGGAGGAUUCCAUUCUUAUCCCCAUCUUCCACCGAAAGAACGAUGUCAACCAAUUCACCAAGCGGACCAAGCGGACACCCUUUGCAACCCCAACCAUCAUUUCUCUCACUCGUCAGGAGGCUCAAGACCUGGCCACUAUUUACCGCAAGAUCCUGCGCCAUGUUGCCACGAUGACCACCCGCGACAUUCUCAACGAGACCCAGCCUGAAUCGGACCAGGCUCGGCAAACCCCCGAGGACCCUGACACCGUUGUGAUGACCGAGGAUGAUGCCCAGUCGGUUGACUCCAGAAUUAAGACAUCAUCUGUGGAAGGAGAGGAUAGCAUUGUCGAUGUUUCCAUGCAAGACGACACCCAGACACCCGGUGCUAACACCGAUGAUACCGAGGUCACUGAUGCGCCCCCGGCUCACCCCUUGGCCAACACCAUUGCCCCCGGACUCUUGAACCUCUUCGACGUCCGGGUUGUCCCACAGCGGCCACGCCAGACCGGCACCAUUCCCGAUGGGCACUCCCUUGACACAGCGAAGGUAUACCAAUCGCUGACGUCUCGGGCGAAGACCGAGAACAAGUCCCAUGGCUCUGCCGAUGACAACAGCGAUGGGUACAGCAACAGCAAUGGUUCUGACAGCGAAUCUCAUGGCGCCUCUGAGUGGAGUCUGGUCAAGCAAGGCGAGGCUAUUGUUCUUGACUGGAACGACGAAGCUAGGGAUGCUUUGUUUGGUGGCAAAGGAAAGGAGAGCGAUCUUCGAGGUGCUGCGACCUACGCCGACGCCAACAUUCGUGUUCCCAAGGACCCAGAGAUCAUCGAACGUCGUGCGCAGGUCGACUCUGAUAAAGCCAAGGGAACCACCCUUGACCAGUGCCUGGAUGAGUUCAGCAAGGUUGAAAUCCUCGGUGAGAAUGACGCUUGGUACUGCCCAAGUUGCAAAGACUUCGUCCAGGCCAGCAAGCAGUUCGAGUUGUGGGCGGCCCCCGAUAUUCUCGUGGUGCACCUGAAGCGCUUUGGCAGCCUGCGGCGAAAGCUGACUACGAAAGUCCGCUUCCCGGUCACCGAUCUUGACUUGACCGACCGGGUCACUGGCCCGGAUGAUGGAAGGUCGCUGAAGUACGACCUGAUCGGUGUUGAUUGUCAUUCCGGUGGCAUGGGCGGUGGCCAUUACUAUGCCCACGCGAAGAACUUCAUCACCGGGGAAUGGUGCAACUUCAAUGACAGUUUCGCCCGCGUCAUCGAGGACCCCGAGGAUGUGAUUACUCCGCAGGCAUAUCUCCUGUUCUACCGCCGCCAAAGCUCCGAGCCUCUUGGUGGACCGGCACUGCAGGAAAUUGUCUCGAAAUACCGGAAGAGACUAGAGGAUCCUGGAAUGGAGGUCUUGCGCGAACCGUCUCCGUCGGGGGACGGCCAGCGCCUCGGCGACUCGCGCAAUGGAUCGUCGAGCGCCUCAGCCGGAGCCGGAGCAACUCGCCCAGCGGGCGAUAACGAAAAUUCCCAGUCUUUUGACAAGAUGCUCACUCAGCCAUCGUGGUCAUUCGAUCGCCCCAACAACUCUCCCUCAUUUGGAGAGCCCAUCGCAACCAACGACGGGGAUGUCGAUCUGUUCGAAGAUAACGACAGCACCGCUGCCGUUGGAGACGGCAACUCGGAGGCCGAUACCCGCCUCGACGAUCUUGAAAGCUCCCGCCCUGUCUCUGUGCAGGAGGGCUCUUUCGAGGACGUCCCACCCCUUCUGGAGGACGGCUCCGAUGAUGAUCUUCCCGUCGUUGAAUUGCGUGUCGGUGAGGACGAGAAAAUGACCACCGAUGCCUGA